AUGGUCCCUGUAAGGUAUUCGUCCAGUUUAUUUCCUCAAAAUGGAAUCUUCAAAUCUCUGGUUUACAAGUCCUUUUCAACAAAGGGCCGUACUCCACCACAAUCAUUACUUUUGAAACAAAAAAAUAGAGUCUGUAAAAGGGAUAAUGAUAUACAUGGCAUAACAUCAACUGCCAAUCCGUUAGCUGGAGCAUUGGAUGAUAUAGCCGCCCUUUUCAAACCUAAUAUGAUUGAUGAAAGUGAAGAAAUAGAAUCUAGAAACGCAUAUCGUAACAUGCUUGAAAGGAUGAUUCACUCUGAAAAAUUAGGGGAUACAUUGAAAUCCACAUUUAUACUUGAUGAAAAGAAAAACGUUUUAAAUACGGAAGCUGUACUGUCCAAUUUUUCCAAGCUCGAUCCAAUUGACCGUGAUAUGGUACAAAUGGCAGCUAAAGAACUUUAUAGCAAAGAAACGAGCUGGAAGGAUCUGCCAACAUUCAUAAAGCAACUUCAGUAUUAUAUAUCGUAUGGACCUCAUGGUGCAAGGAACGGACAGCCAUUCAAUGAAUUAGAUUUGAUGAAAAAUUCUCCAAAAGCCGAGUUAGAUUCAUUGAGCAAGCUAGUCUUAGUACUAUUUUUCAUCAUAUGCCUAAGUGCUUGUAUAAAAAGAAUCGAAAUGAAGAGAGCUAAUCUAUCAAAAAUAUGA